UCAUGCGAGGGUGACAGUAAAAGAAGCAGGAGCUGCAAACACCGCUGUGAUCUGCGAGCCACACCGACGCACUGACAGCCAACAUUGCACUUAAGACGUUGCUGGACAGAGUCCUAUAGAGGAGACAGAUAUGGCGGAGUUACGCUGAGAGUUAAAGAAAAUCUACGCAUUAUUGUUCCACGACGGUUUAACUCGGACGACCAUCUCCUCUGCCCCUAUGUUCUGCUGCGGAGAGGAGAAAGGGCAGCGUUGAGAGACUUGGUUAAGAGCGCGAGAGAGAAGAAAGGACGAGUGUGAUUUUUAAACGGACAAUGGCGGACCGCGAUGCGCUGCCCCUUCCUUUGGAGGUGCGAGCCAGAUUAGCUGAGUUGGAGCUGGAGUUAUCGGAGGGUGAUAUCACUCAGAAAGGCUAUGAAAAGAAGAGGGCAAAACUACUCGGCGCCUACCUGCCUCAUCCUCCAGGAAUGGACGCAUCUAUGGCACACGAGCGUAGGCCCCCCAUGGGACCCUCCUCCGCAUCACGCUACCACCGUCGACGCUCCUCUGGCACUCGAGAUGAGCGCUACAGAUCAGAUGUGCAUACGGAGGCUGUCCAGGCGGCGCUGGCCAAGCACAAGGAGCGCAAGAUGGCCGUGCCCAUGCCUUCCAAGCGCCGCUCGCUGGUCGUCCAGACCUCCAUGGAUGCCUACACUCCGCCAGGCCUCUCUCCUCUCUCCUCACUGCCCCCCCUGACAGACACGUCGUCGGGCUCGGAGGAGGAGGGCGGCCAGGGCGAGGGCACCCCCACCUCCAGCCAGGGCAGUGUCAGCAUGGAGCACUGGAUCAGCCGCGCUAUCCACCAGGGGUCCACCACCUCCUCCUCCUCCUCGUCCACGCAGAGCGGGGGCAGCGGGGCCGCCAGCCGCCUCGCCGACGUGCUGGCCCAAACGCACGUCGGGAAGUCAGGGCCCAUAGGGCACCUCUCGCUCAAGAGGAAAACUGUGUUCGGGGUCGCUGAGAAUGGCAACUCGCUGCGCCGCUCCUGCGAGUUUGGAUCCGACCUCCUCUGGCCACCACCCUUGGAGUCGGAUGAGAACCACUCGGCCCCUCCUGAUGUCACCACCUACACCUCGGAGCUGCCCCCUCAGGUGGAGAGGCCACAGGUGUCCACGGUGCCCAGGACCACGCCCAAAUAUGGCAAUGCAGAACUCAUGGAGACGGGAGACGGAGUCCCGGUGAGCAGUCGAGUGUCGGCCAAAAUCCAACAGCUAGUCAACACCCUCAAGCAGCCGAGGCGGCCGCCGCUCCGAGAGUUCUUUGUGGACGACUUUGAGGAGCUCUUAGAAGUUCAGCAGCCGGAUCCCAACCAGCCCCGUCCGGAGGGUGCCCAGAUGCUGACCAUGCGCGGGGAGCAGCUGGGCGUGGUGACCAACUGGCCUCCCUCCCUGGAGGCGGCGCUGCAGCGCUGGGGCACCAUCUCGCCAAAAGCCCCCUGCCUCACCACCAUGGACACCAACGGCAAGCCCCUCUACGUCCUCACCUAUGGGAAGCUCUGGUCGCGCAGCAUCAAGGUGGCUUACAACAUCCUCCACAAGCUGGGUACCAAAGCAGAGCCCAUGGUCCGACCUGGCGACCGGGUGGCCCUCGUGUUCCCCAAUAAUGACCCAGCAGCCUUCAUGGUGGCCUUCUUCGGGUGCCUGCUGGCCGAGGUGGUGCCUGUGCCAAUCGAAGUGCCACUCACAAGGAAGGACGCGGGGAGUCAGCAGAUCGGCUUCCUGCUGGGGAGCUGUGGGGUCACCGUGGCACUCACCAGCGACGCCUGCCAUAAAGGCCUUCCCAAGGGACCCACCGGGGAAAUCCCACAGUUCAAAGGAUGGCCGAAGCUGCUGUGGUUCGUCACCGAGUCCAAACACCUGUCCAAACCCCCGCGAGACUGGUUCCCCCACAUCAAGGACGCCAACAACGACACGGCCUACAUUGAGUACAAGACCUGUAAGGACGGGAGUGUUCUAGGGGUCACCAUCAUGAGGAUUGCCAUGCUCACACACUGCCAAGCCCUCACACAGUCCUGUGGAUACACGGAAGCUGAGACCAUAGUGAAUGUAUUAGACUUCAAGAAGGACGUGGGACUGUGGCAUGGCAUUCUAACAAGUGUCAUGAACAUGAUGCACGUCAUCAGCAUCCCCUACUCCCUGAUGAAGGUCAACCCUCUCUCCUGGAUCCAGAAAGUCUGCCAAUACAAAGCUAAGGUGGCGUGUGUGAAGUCCAGGGAUAUGCACUGGGCCCUGGUGGCCCAUCGGGACCAGAGGGACAUCAACCUGAGCACCCUCCGCAUGCUGGUGGUGGCCGACGGCUCCAACCCAUGGUCCAUCUCGUCGUGUGACGCGUUCCUCAAUGUCUUCCAGAGCAAAGGGUUGAGGCCCGAGGUCAUCUGCCCCUGCGCCAGCUCUCCAGAGGCCCUGACCGUGGCCAUCAGGAGGCCUACGGAUGACAGCAGCCAGCCUCCGGGCCGAGGGGUCCUGUCCAUGAACGGCCUGAGCUACGGGGUGAUCCGCGUGGACUCGGAGGAGCGCCUGUCUGUCCUCACCGUGCAGGACGUGGGCACAGUCAUGCCAGGAGGUAUGAUGUGUGUGGUAAAACCAGAGGGAGUUCCUCAGCUGUGUCGAACGGACGAGAUCGGAGAGCUGUGUGUGUGCUCUAUUGCCACGGGAACCUCCUACUACGGCCUCUCUGGCAUGACCAAGAACACCUUCGAGGUGUUCCCCAUGACUGGCACUGGGGCUCCCAUCAGCGAGUACCCCUUCACCCGCACCGGCCUGCUGGGCUUCGUGGGGCCCGGCGGCCUGGUGUUCAUCGCAGGCAAGAUGGACGGCCUGAUGGUGGUGAGCGGACGCCGGCACAACGCAGACGAUAUAGUGGCCACGGCGUUGGCGGUGGAGCCCAUGAAGUUUGUCUACAGGGGCAGGAUAGCGGUGUUCUCUGUGACGGUGUUGCAUGAUGAGAGGAUUGUGGUGGUGGCGGAGCAGAGGCCGGACUCCACGGAGGAGGACAGCUUCCAGUGGAUGAGCCGGGUGCUGCAGGCCAUCGACAGCAUCCAUGGCGUGGGGGUGUUCUGCCUGGCGCUGGUUCCGGCCAACACGCUGCCCAAGACGCCGCUGGGUGGCAUCCACCUGUCGGAGACCAAGCAGCUCUUCCUGGAGGGCUCGCUGCACCCCUGCAACGUGCUCAUGUGUCCACACACCUGCGUCACCAACCUGCCCAAGCCCAGACAAAAACAGCCAGAGAUCGGACCUGCCUCUGUGAUGGUGGGGAACCUGGUGUCUGGGAAACGCAUCGCCCAGGCCAGUGGACGGGACCUGGGACAGAUCGAAGACAAUGAUCAGGCAAGGAAGUUCCUGUUCCUGUCAGAGGUGUUGCAGUGGAGAGCGCAGACGACUCCAGACCACGUCCUGUUCACUCUGCUCAGCUCAAGGGGAGCCAUCUUGAGCUCAUUGACGUGUGUGCAGCUGCACAAGCGGGCGGAGAAGAUCGGCGCCAUGCUGAUGGAGCGAGGCCACCUGCAGGACGGAGAUCACGUGGCCCUGGUCUACCCACCCGGCAUCGACCUCAUCGCGGCCUUCUACGGAUGCCUGUAUGCGGGCUGCGUGCCCAUCACAGUCAGACCCCCACAUCCCCAGAACAUCGCCACCACAUUGCCCACUGUGAAGAUGAUCGUGGAGGUGAGCCGGUCCUCCUGUGUGAUGACCACCCAGGUGAUCUCCAAGUUGCUGAAGUCGAAAGAGGCGUCUGCUGCCGUGGACGUGAGGACAUGGCCCCCCGUCCUGGAGACUGAUGACCUGCCAAAGAAGAAGCCCCCUCAGCUGUACAAGCCGUCGAACCCGGACACGCUGGCCUACCUUGACUUCAGUGUGUCCACCACAGGAAUGCUAGCAGGAGUAAAGAUGUCCCACAGCGCCACCAGUGCCUUCUGCCGCUCUAUCAAGCUGCAGUGUGAGCUGUACCCCUCGCGAGAGGUGGCCAUCUGCCUGGACCCCUACUGCGGCCUGGGCUUCGUCCUCUGGUGCCUCUGCAGUGUGUACUCAGGGCACCAGUCCAUCCUGAUCCCCCCGUCGGAGCUGGAGGUCAACCCGGCCCUGUGGCUGCUGGCCGUCAGUCAGUUCCGCGUCAGAGACACCUUCUGCUCCUACUCCGUCAUGGAGCUGUGCACCAAGGGCCUGGGCCUGCAGACCGAGUCCCUCAAGGCUCGUGGUCUGGAUCUGUCGCGGGUGCGGACGUGUGUGGUGGUGGCUGAGGAGCGUCCCAGGAUAGCGCUGACACAGUCCUUCUCCAAGCUCUUUAAGGACCUGGGGCUGCACCCGCGCGCUGUCAGCACCUCCUUCGGGUGCAGAGUCAACCUGGCCAUCUGUCUGCAGCCCCACAGGCUGGGGAAGCUUGCUGAUCAGGGGACUUCAGGACCAGAUCCAACGACGGUGUACGUGGACAUGCGAGCACUACGACACGACAGAGUUCGGCUUGUUGAGAGGGGGUCACCUCACAGCUUACCACUCAUGGAGUCUGGGAAGAUUCUGCCUGGUGUACGGAUCAUCAUUGCCAAUCCUGAGACCAAGGGCCCUCUAGGAGACUCGCAUCUCGGAGAGAUCUGGGUGCACAGUGCCCACAAUGGUAGUGGCUACUUCACCGUUUACGGAGACGAGGCCCUUCAGUCGGACCACUUUACCUCGCGCCUCAGCUUUGGAGACACCUCGACGGUGUGGGCACGCACUGGAUACUUGGGCUUUCUACGGCGGACCGAGCUUACAGACGCCAGUGGAGAGAGACAUGAUGCCCUGUAUGUGGUGGGGGCUCUGGACGAGGCCAUGGAGCUGCGGGGGAUGAGGUACCACCCCAUAGACAUCGAAACCUCCGUCAUACGCACUCACAAGAGCAUCACAGAAUGUGCUGUGUUCCCGUGGACCAACCUGCUGGUGGUGGUGGUGGAGCUGGAGGGCUCGGAGCAGGAGGCGCUGGACCUGGUGCCCCUGGUGACCAACGCGGUGCUGGAGGAGCACUAUCUGAUCGUGGGCGUGGUGGUGGUGGUGGACAUCGGCGUCAUCCCUAUCAACUCGCGCGGGGAGAAGCAGCGCAUGCACCUGCGCGACGGCUUCCUGGCCGACCAACUGGACCCCAUCUAUGUGGCCUAUAACAUGUAGCUUGUGUUACGGAUCUGUGCGCGCGUGCGUGUGUGAGUGUGUGUGUGUGUGUGUGUGUGUGUGUGUAUGGAUGUGUGUGGGGAGGGAGUUAAUAGAGUAUUGGUGUGGAUUUUGUUGUUUUGUUUUUUUUAUUUACGCAAAGACUGCAAAACGAACUUUGGGGUUCUCUUCAGGAGAGAAAAGAGCGAAAAGCAUGGUCAAAGAAUGCCCUCUCAGAGAAAGAAACUUAGUGGGAACUGAAGACAACAGACAGUGUUGAAUAUUCAAAGCAGACCAAGCAAAGCUCUGAGAAGUGAUGGGAGUGCAUGGCUUUGGGAAAAAAGGAUGAAGAAAAGACAAACGCUCCUGUUCCCUCUCCGCAACGGAAGAAGAAUCUCUUCUUGUAACUCCUUCAUUGUAAAACACGCUUUUUUGCUUGUUUUCAAUAUUGCAUUUUAUUUUUCCGAGAAAAAAAAAAGACUAACUGUGUGUGGCUGUUUUCAUGUAUUGUAACUGCUGGCGUUUGCUUGUUUUUAGUCAAUGGCGAAGGGUAUUUUUCGAGAAGAAAAAAAAAAAGAUAUAUAUUGAUCUAUUAUUAUUAUAUAUAUCACCAUACCGUGGCAAACUGUGUCAUUUUACGUUUGGUAGUUUUUAUUUGGAGUAGUGUGUUGGAAGUACACACGUAAAUGAAGCAAAACGUAUCAAUUUGGUUUUGUCAUUUAAGCAAAUAGGAGGUACGUUAACAAAAAAUACUGCGUUUCAUGUCGGAACCGUCCACCUGAAUUUUUUUCUUUACAUGUACUUGUCCAACCUCCCCAGCCAGUUGUUAUGGGUGUGAAAGACCCCUAGCAGAUUUUUUUUUUAUUCCUUCAUGUUUAAUAUCAUUGUAAAAAAAAACUUAGGCUAACAAAAAAGUCCAGUUGAUAUUGUGUAAUUAUGUACAGAAAAAUAGUUCUUAUUUAUUUUGUUCUUUUUAGAAGUGUGUGAGAGAAGACACUUGAAGAUGUUUUCCUCAUUAAAUAUUGCUAAUAUAAAAAAAACAAAGCAUUGUAUCAUCUUGAGUGAGUAGUAUCACAUCAAGUCUAUGUAAAAAUAUAAAUAUAUAUACAAAUCUAUAUAAAUAUAUAUAAAAAUAAGACCUAGGAAAUCACCAAUGAAAUGUUUCAAAUGCAGUACUUCCCACUUGCAUGGUGUGUGCCAUAGGCAAAAGCGAGUUUUGAGAGUUACACACACAGACAUCAAUAUCAAAUUUGGUCCCAUUUACAAUCAAUACAGAGACCCUAGAAGCCAGAUUUUCUUGAGAAUUAAGGAAGUAUGACAAAUGCAGACCGAAAAAAAUGUGUGUUGGGUAAAACUAUGUGAGCUUCUUUAAGAUGAAAAUAUAUCAUGAUGCCCGUCUUGAGUGAUAAAGGAUAUUCAAAAAUGUGCCUGGAAUUCUGUUUACACUAUCUGCUUUACAUAAUUCAAAUUUGUGUCACAUUACCGAUUGUAUUUUAUUUUUUGUUCUAUCUAAGCUAUCAUUUAUUCCUGUUUGCCAUCCAUCUCAUUUAGUUCAUAUUCUUUUCCAUUGAGACCUUAUUUAUUUUUUACAUUUACCUUGUUAAAUGAUUAUCAGUUUCUGUUAAGACUCUCAGAUACAUGCAAGUACUGUAAUUAUCGUAAGAGCCCCAGACCCUACAGCGUGAACAUAUCUGGGAUACUGGCCCAUCUCUUCCAUACAUCACUGUGCUAGUGAACGUUAUAUGCCAUGUGCACUUUCCGCACAUCACAAUAGAUAAUGUAUGUGGUCCAUUUUCACCACCGACUGGAGGUAUUUGAACGGAUUUCAAAGGCUCUCCAAGUCUUGUCAAUAUGUUUUUUGACAGUAACUAUCUGAAGACAGGGGUAUAAAAUAUCUGUAUGAACCUCCCUUUGCAAAAGGCUGUUCUCCCAAAGAUGAAUAGUAGGCAACUCAGUGAGAUUCUAAGAGAAGUUUACCAUAAAUCAUUAGUUUAACAAGUGUUUACCCAUGUGUAGCUGUUUUUUCCGUGAUCUGAUAAUUUACAAGAAGGUAUUGUUGAUUAUUAGGAUAUCGCUGCGGUCAGUGACUAGGGGUGGGAUAAAUUAUAAAAAAGACUCAAAUUUCAAACCCCGUUUCCUAUUUUCUUCCCCAUUUUUGAUGUUUUGUAAUGGAAGCUGGGUAUCACACCUUAAAGCAAGGUGAAAAACAUGCAAAUAACGUUUUGUUUCAUUCUGGCGUAGACAACUGAGGAAAAGUCUUAACACAUGUUGGAUAGCAUUAGUGUUGUCAUUCCCAUACAGAAAAUGUACUGAAAUGUUUUCCCGUUUUUGAAAAAAACAAAAAAAAAACAAAGGUGCAAAUCAUUUUCAACCUGUGACGUUAUUUCCUUCUUUGGUUGGAAAUCUAGACUUAUGUGAGAGAGUCUGCAUGGUGUCUGUAAAUAUUGUUGGUUACAUUUAAACAAAAAAAAGCAUAUGAAAAAAAAGAACAAGAUUUAUUUUGUAUGGUGCAGGUGUGUUUUAAAUUCUGUUUUGUACACUUAAAAAAGUAUUCAAUGACACUUUUCUAGGAGCCUGCUUCGGCCAACCUUCACAAGAUAUGGUGCAAUAAAGUGCUUUGAUUGGUAAACAUUGUGAUUUUCGUUUAAUGCAGAUGCAGAAAGUCCAAGUCACUCUUUAAAUCCUAGGAGGUAACACCCUGAUGAAACUUGUACCAGUAAUUUGCAUUUAUUCCACCAGUGAACACACAUCUGUUUCUAUUUCUUCAAACCACAACCACUUGAUGGUAUAAUACCCCUUUAUCCAUUCUGUCAGAAACAGUAGUCCACUCUCCACCAACCCUGCCGUGUGAAGACUGGAUUGGUCUCAUAGAACCUCAGACAUGUAACCUCUUUGGAACUGAGCAGCACUUUGCGUUCAUAGUCCUGAUCUAUCACAACAUACGUACAUUACCAAAAGUAUUCGCCGGCCUGCCUUGACUUACAUAUGAACGUAAAUACCAUCCCAUUCCUACCCCAUAUAGUGUUCAAUAUGAUGUCAUCCACCUUUUGCAGGUAUUAAAGCUUCCAAUCUUCUUGGAGGGCUGACCACAAGAUGGAGGAGUGUUUUUAUAGGGAUUUUUGACCAUUCUUCCAUACUGUAAGUGCAUUUGUGAGGUCACACACUGAUGUUUGUUGAGAAGGCCUGUCUCUCAACGGUGUCAUAUCGGGUUCAGGUCAGGACGCUGCAGGCCAGUCAAGUUCAUCCACACUAUCCUCAGCCAUCCAUGUCAUUAGGGACCUUACUUUGUGCCCUGGUGCACAGUCAUGUUUGAGGAGGAAGGGGCCUACUUUAACCUGUUCCCACAAGGUUGGGAGCAUGGAAUUGUUCAAAGAUGUUUUGGUGUCCUGAAGCAUUCAAAGGCCCCCUCACUGGAACUAAGGGGCUAAGCCCAACUCCAGGAAAACAACACGACACCAUUAGUCCAUUCUCCUGGCAACCUCCAAACCCAGACUCAUUCAUCAGAUUGCCAGAUGGAACUGGAAUGAUUCGUCACUCACAAGAACACCUCUCCACUGCUCUUGAUUCCAGUGGCGUUGUGCUUUACAUCAACUGCAUAUGACACUUUGCAUUGUCCUUGGUGAUUUAUGGCUUGGAUGCAGCUGCCCAGCUAUGGAAACCCAUUCAUGAAACUCUGCAUAUUGUACUUGGACUAAUCUGAAGGUCACAUGCAGUUUGGAGCUCUUUAAUAGGUGAACUCUUUGUAUUAGACACCUCAGCAUCCGCUCACCCCUCUCUAUCAGUUCAGGUGGCCUAGCACUUCAUAGCUGAAUUGCUGUUGUCCUCAAACUCUUCCAUUUUCUUAUAAUAAAGCUGACAGUUGACUGUGAAAUAUUUAGGAGCAAGGACAUUUCAUGACUGGAUUUGUUGAGCAGAUUACAUCCCAUGAGGGUCCCAUGCCGUCACAGAUCCACAUCAUCUGCUAUGCUGUAACAUUCUCUUUUUGCCUAUUGCAUUCAUAACAAACAUUUCCACAGAUCCUGGGCCCUUGGAUAUUUGCGAACAACUAGGUUACGGAACUGAACAAGUGACCCUCUGGCUUCUCAACAUUCACGGUUCCUUAGUAUCAGUUCCCCAGAUGUAUCAGUUUAAUUACAACCCUCACAACAGGUUCAGAGCCUUAAAAUAGACUUUCAAACGCAUUUACUCCUGUGGAUGAUAUGUUUAUUGUACCUUGUACAUAUACAUAGAGUACUAUUACAUAUGUAAAUGCAAGAUGGGGGUGGGGGAGUCUCACAGCGAAAUGUCAGAUGGGUAAGACUAUACACAGACAGAUGCCAUAUAAGGGGGUAGGCGGCACUGCCACACCACAGGCCGCUGGUGGGACUCGUGAAUACUCUCAGUAGUCAUUUCUCCUCCCCACAUAAAUAAAGGUUUUUUUUCUGUUUAAAAGUUAAAAAGUGGAUUGGAUCCCAAGGAAUUAAAAAAUAUAUAAUUAAAAAAGAUGAGGGGAAAACAAAAAAGGAGUAACACAUAGAAAGUGUGAAACAAAAAUGACGAAAAAGAGAAACUCUGAGGGGGACAAAAAAAAAGGAUAUACAAUCCACUUUUCAUGCAGUUGGGAAUUCUGAAGCAUUCCCGACCUUAAAAAUCACAAAUACUCAUUUUUUUACAGAUUUGAACUUUUAUAAAAUACAUAGUUAAUGCAUUCGUGAAAUGUACAUAUGCUACUAACGUGCAAACGGCAUCAAAUAUUCACGUUUAGUGGCAAACAUUUAUUUACAUGUAGUGCAACGAUGAGGUGGGAGAACGGGUUUGAAUUGGGCAUUGGGUGGUGUAGGGUUGGUUUAGUGGGUGGCAGAUAGAAACCGAAGGGGAGGAGGGGGAGGGGAGAGGGGGCUUUGGCUGCACAGUCCACCAGUACAGCUGACACACACCCAGGGUACACUCCACUAACUCCCGUCCUGCCCUGUGCCUGUGACCUCCUGAUGACGCCGCAAGACGUCACUGACAAUAGAACUUUAAAUCAAUAUCUCGCAAAAGCACCACUAAAAAGGCCAUGAUCCUCAUUUGCAAUCGGGAUGUUGAAUGGGGAAAAGUUGUGACUUGGCUGACAGUGGGGAAACUUUGGCUGAAUCUCAAAUGGUACACUUGUGCACUUUAGUGAUCAUGUUUCAGUGCGUAUGCCGUAUUAGUUACGCACUGAAACAUAGUGCCCGAAGUGCACAAGUGCGGCAUUUGAGAUUCAGCCUUUGUCUUCUCCACGGAGGCCGGGCAUCGGCGAAGCGUGAGGCGACAAGCA